GUAAUUAUAGGUAAUGAUAUUGACGGUUUCUACGUUAGGAAAAAAUAUUUCCAUGUAUUCAUGGGGGAAUAGAUAACCCCAUAUACCUAAUGUCUCAUUUGUAAUAGGGGCCGGUCGACCCGAUCAGCUCAUUUAACCACCAAGUGUCAGGGUGAAAAGAGAACGAUAAUAUCUUAUAAGAAUACUCGCUAUCAGGUGCCUUAUUUAAAGACAGGGUGUUAUGUGACACCAUAGGAAUUCUCCCCCUGAGCUAACUCUACGUUGAGUACAAGGUGGUCGCCAUGAUGUCGGAUGCUUCUCCCAAGGGCGAGCUUGCAAUUAACGGGGACGUUAUCGACGACGAAGACGAGAUUCGUCAACUAGUCAGCUCUUUCGUGGGUGACAAUAAGGCAGAAAAAUAUAGAUAUGAUGUGGUGCUUCGAAAUCUGUCGGUUCGAGGAGCCGGAAUUGGCCACCAAAAAGCGCCAACAGUCCCAACAGGUUUAAUGGCCUUCGCUCAAAAGUUCAACCCGGCGCUGUAUCUUUCGAAUCGGCCACAGCCAUCACGUACUCUCAUACAUCCCAUGUCCGGCAUCCUUCGUGGCGGGGAGACUCUAAUCAUUAUUGGGAAGCCUGGAAGUGGGUGUACGACGUUCCUCAAAACCUUGGCGAACAUGCGGGAAGAAUAUGAGGCGGUAGGCGGAGAGGUCCUAUAUAACGGCCUGGACGCGGUAGAGAUGAAGUCACGCCACCCGGGAGAAGUGGCGUAUGCCAGCGAGGACGAUAUUCAUUUUCAUAGUCUGUCCGUAGGCACAACUCUCCGCUUCGCCCUCAAUGCGCGGACGCCAGUCGACAUACCGAACCGUGCCCAGCGGCUUAACGAAGACGUCCAGACGCUUCUCAAACUGUUCGAUCUGGCGCACGUAGCCAAUGUUCCGGUGGGAAACGAUUACAUUCGCGGUGUUAGCGGAGGUCAACGACACCGAGUGACUAUUGCGGAAGCGUUCUGUACGCGAGCAAGUGUGAUGUGCUUUGAUAAUCCGACUCGAGGCCUCGACUCGUCAACCGCACUGCGAGUAGCCCGAAUGCUCAGAGAAUAUACCAUCCAGAGUCAAUGCUGCACCAUCACAUCACUAUACCAAGCCAGCGACGCAAUCGCCAACUGUUUCGAUAAGGUGCUAGUGUUAAGUGCGGGUCGCGUAGCAUAUUUUGGACCUACGAACGAAUCCAAACAAUAUUUCCAGGACCUUGGAUUCGAGUGCUCACCCCAAACAUCGUUGACGGACUUCUUGACAUCCAUGUCUGGGGAUCCCAAGUCUCGUCAUGUCCGGCCUGACCACGACGGGCGACCGGUUCCGCUCAGCUCGACGGACUUCGAACGGCGAUUUCGAGAGAGCAAGUAUUUUGAGAGUGAGCCUCCGGUAGCACCAAGCCAGGAGACAUCGCCCUUAAACGGGAUCUCCGGUUUCCAGCUACCAUUUUAUCGGCAAAUCUACGAAUGCACGAUUCGACAUUAUCGCAUCCAUUUCACAGAUCGUAGUACCUGGGUUGCAGAAGCUGCGGGAACGAUAGUCCAGGCGUUGAUGCUGGGGACACUUUUUCGAGACCAACAAGCAGUUACUCAAGGAAUUUAUACCCGGUCGUCGGCAAUAUUCUUCUGCGUCCUUAUUAUGUGUCUUCAGGCUACGGCGGAAUUUGGCAACACGUUCGCGCAACGGCCCAUCCUUCUUAAGCAGAGGGCCCUGUGUUUUUAUCGACCAGGGGCGUAUGCUCUAGGACAGAUCCUCGCCGAUAUUCCCUGGAAAGCUAUAUUCAUCCUUUACAGCUUGCCAAUCUAUUGGAUGGUCAAUCUCAAACAGGAAGCUGGUCCAUUCUUCAUCUGGUUUCUGACUCUAUAUGUCGCCCUUAUAGGUAUGGGAGUGAUGUUUCGCACAAUCGCCGUUUUCACUACCACCCCGACACGAGCCGUUCUUCCGGUAGGAAUUUUAAUGAAUUCGUUAAUUAUAUACACGGGCUUUUAUAUCAAUCCCCCGGGGAUGAAAGUAUGGCUAGGGUGGUUACGAUACCUAAGUCCCAUGUACUACGGAUUUGAAUCUCUCAUGCUCAAUGAGUUCGUGUCGAGCGGAUACCAAUGUAGCGAGCAAGAUACCGUACCUCGGGGAGCAAGUUAUAACGAUACCGCGUUUCAAGUUUGCGCUGUGCAGAGUUCAACCCCCGGGGACUUGGUUCUUUCCGGACAGAGGUAUCUUGAAGUCGUAUACACUUUCUUCCGUUCAGAUCUAUGGCGAAAUGUCGGGAUAAACGCUGCAUUUUUCGGUUUCUUUGCCAUCUGCGUCACGAUUGGAAUGGAGAGGUUUAAGACACCUGCCGGUCGUCUCUCAACCAUUUUCUAUAGCACCGAUAUUCCGCAUAAGAGCUCUGAGGACACCUCUUCAGGAUCCGAUGAAGAGAAGCCACCAGUUAAUGAUAUGGACAAUAACGAGAUUGUACCACAAGAGGUCCAUAGCACAAGUCAUGGAACCAUGAAGUCUUCACAAAGACAUUUUGCAUGGAAAGACUUGUGCUUAGAUAUACAGGUUAAAGGGGAACACCGCCGACUUCUAAGCAAUGUGUCCGGAUGGCUUGUGCCCGGAACCAUGACUGCUCUAAUGGGUAUGUCAGGAGCAGGAAAGACCACACUUUUGGACACCCUCGCGCAACGAGUUUCCAUUGGGGUUGUGACUGGUGGGCUUUACCUUGACAGCGAUCCACUCCCUCAAUCAACGAACCGACGCUCUGGCUUCGUCCAACAGCAAGACGUGCAUCUCAGCACAUCUACCGUUCGGGAAGCAUUACGACUUACUGCGCGACUUCGUCAGCCGGCCUCAGUCCCAAUCUCCGAAAAGUACGAUUGUGUAGAAACGGUUAUCUCCAUGCUCGAGAUGGGCGAUGUAGCAAACGCUCUAAUCGGUACCCCGGGGGCAGGACUCAGUCUCGAGAAACGCAAGCGGGUCAGCAUCGGUGUUGAGCUCGCGGCAAAGCCGGAUAUCCUGCUGUUCCUAGACGAGCCCACAUCCGGCUUGGACGGUGAUUCUGCUUUCUCCAUUAUAUCCCUGAUGCGAAAGUUGGCAGAUGCGGGGCAGACAAUCUUGUGCACAAUCCACCAACCGUCGUUCGAACUCGUUGAACAGUUUGACAGUCUUCUUUUACUGAUUCCAGGUGGAAAGACUGCGUAUUUUGGUCCAAUGGGUCCGAAAUGUCGAACUUUGGUUGAUUAUUUCGGUCGGUACACGCGCUCGUGCAAAGAAACGCAGAAUCCGGCGGAUUAUGUUCUCGAUCUCACGGCGAAUGCUUCGGUGGACUGGGCGUCGACGUGGUUGCAGUCACCCGAAUACCAGGCUACUCAAAAGCGUCUAAAUGAAAUCGUAUCAGGAGGAGCUUCGAGUUCGGAAAAGGAAGAUAGACAGGAUGGCCAUGAGGGAAUGGUAUAUGCCGCCUCGAUUCCCGAACAACUACGAGUAGUUCUCGGUCGGGCGUUUCUUAACUAUUGGCGAGAUCCCGACUACGUGAUCGGCAAGAUGCAACUGAACGUCUGGAUGGGUCUGAUUAAUGGUCUAAGUUUCUUGCAACUGUCAAACAGCAUGACCGACUCUCGCAAUCACAUGUUCUCCAUCUUCGUCGGUAUUAUCACGGGGCCAGUACUUACCCUGCAAAUCGAGCCCCGCUUCAUCACCUUCCGCGACCAGUUCCUCGCGCGCGAGAAGGAAUCUCGCGUCUACCACUGGUCUGUCUUCGUCGUGAGCGCAUUCCUCGUCGAAAUUCCAUUUACCAUGGUAGGCGGUCUGCUAUACUGGCUGCUGUGGUACUACAUGGCUGGAUUCUUCUACUCGUCUGAGCGCGCUGGCUAUGCGUUUCUCAUGUACGAGCUAUACCAUAUUUUCGUCGCCAGUGUCUCCCAGCUAAUUUCUUCCGUAUUUCCGACCAUUGGGGCAGCUCAAAUCGCCACUGGCUUUGUGUGGCUUAUGGUAAACACAUUCAAUGGUCCCCUAUCGCCGCCACCGCUUACGCCGAGAGGCUGGCGUUGGUUCUACAAUGUGUCACCACUUUUUUAUUUCGUAGAGGGGAUCGCCACUAACGCCAUGCACGGACUGGAAAUUAGAUGUACUGAAUCGGAGAUCUCCGUCUUCAACGUGCCGGAUAACCAGACUUGUGCAGAAUAUGCCGCGUCCUUCUUCAAUUCGUCGCUGUCUCAGGGCUACCUAGUGGAUGGUGGUGCAACAGGAAGCUGUGCCUACUGCCCAUUUGCCAAUGGAGAUGAAUAUGUUAAGCAAUACGAUUUCGAUUAUAAUAACCGCGCUAGGAAUGUUGGUAUCUUCAUUGGCUUCACCCUUUUCAAUUACACAGUUGUGGCUCUUAUGACUUAUCUCAUAUUCAUUCAUAAGUGGAAAAUCCCUAAGAAAUCGGUAGGAAAGAAGUAAAAUCCGCGAAAAAAUUUAGGCAGGCUGUGCGAGCAGAAAAAGCAUGAGACGUCUCAUGGUUUUGCUUUUUGGAUCGAAAUUAGAUCGGAGAGGCGCCAUACGCACAAUCUAAAAAUUGUCAGGACAGAAGGUAAAAGAUUG